GGCGGAAGGCGGAAGCGCCGCGCAGCCAGGCCGCGCCGGUGGAAGCGGAGCCCAGAGGCGGAGGAGCGGCCAUGGUGUCCGGCAAGCAGCUGGCGGAUUUCGGCUACAAGGCGUUCUCCGGCUCCAUGAUGCUGCUGACGGUGUACGCCGGGUACCUGUGCAGCGUCCGCGCCUACCGCCUGCUCGAGCGCCGCCGGGAGCGGCAGGCCGCGGCCGGCCCCGAGAGCUGAGGGCGCCGGGG